UCAAUAUUACAUGCGUGGAUACGUUUUUUUGAAUAUUUUAUCCACUUAUCGUACAAGUUAGAAUUUAAAACGUGCCAGGUGAAAGCUGAAAACAGAGAUCAAUAUAAUGCGCGAAAAAAACUUGUUCAAAAUAAAUUUCGUGCUGAGAUGGGGCUUCUAGUUGAUAUUGUGUUGCAAGGUCAUGGUACAACAAACGACGGCAAUACUGCACGGACAUUUUUUAAAAAUGCAGAAGCAUCAUCUUUAUGUACUGGCAUUGAUGUUAAUUUAAUAAAACGUUGCGGAAAUAUUUUAUGGACUAUAGCAAGUGGAUAUACAAUUAAUAUAGAAGCCUUUGAAAAAUAUUGUAUUAACACAGCCAAGGUAUUUGUUUCUCUGUACCCAUGGUACUACAUGCCAGCGUCCGUACACAAAAUUUUACUACACGGUGCAGAUGUUAUACGAUUUUCACCUCUUCCUAUUGGGAAUUUAUCUGAAGAAGCCCAAGAGAGUCGCAACAAAGACUAUAAAAUGUACAGAGAGCACCAUACCCAAAAAAAUUCUCGCCUUAACACAAAUGAAGAUCUUUUGCAUAUAUUACUUAUAUCAUCUGAUCCUUACAUUUCCAGUUUGAAUAGACAAACAAAUUAUUAUUCAAAGGAACUGACAAUGGAAGCAAGGACUUUAUUAAUACAACACAAUGAUGAUGCUGAAUAUAGUAAAAUUGAGGAGGAUAUGGAAUUAAAUAAUUCU